AUGGAGCAGCAGUCGUGUGUGCACAAACCAGAAUCGAGGUUCACUGUAGCACACUUUGUGUCAAGUUCCGCCUAUUUAGGCCCUACACCCGAUUGGGGACUUGUGUCUUCUGCGGGUGAACGGCCUGCUGACCUCUGCCGGAGGCCCAACUUUAUCAUGUGUGUCCGUCGCUUCGGUAUGAUGCAAGCUGCGGCUUACUAA